AUGAAGGAUCUUAACACCAAGCACUUUAGUAACAUUGAUGAUAGAAUUGAUAGUGCUCAGAAGGCAUUGGAGGAGGUGCAGGGCAAGCUUACUGACAAUCAUGAUUCUGAGUUGAUUAAUGUUAAAGAUGAAUGUAUUAAGCAAAAAAUCUGGCAUAUUCUGAAAAUUGAUAUCUAUGUUGCUGUUUUAGAAAUUUUCAAUACUGGGGUGCAAAAUCCCUCUUAUGAGAAGGAGUAUAGACCUAUUUUCUGUUGUAUUGUUCUCUACAAAAUCAUCCUUAAGAUUUUGACUGUUAGGCUUGCUAGGAGGGCUAUGCUCAUAAGUUCAUCACCCCCAAGAUGCAUGAUCAAGGUAGAUCUUAAGAAAGCCUAUGACUCCAUUGAAUGGAGCUUCUUAGGUAGUGUUAUGGCUGAGUUGGGGUUCCCUGGUUCUUUUAUUUCUAAGGUUUUAAGCUGUAUCACUAUAAUUUCUUUCUCUUUGCUUAUAAAUGGUAUCCCUUCUCUUCCUUUUGUUGCUGGAAAAGGGCUCAGACAAGGUGAUCCCAUGUCUCUUUUUCUCUUUGCUAUUGGUAUGGAAUACUUGUCAAGAUGUAUGCAUGAGCUUGACUCUAUUCCUGAUUUUAAUUUUCACCCUAGGUGCGAAAAACUGCAUGUCAGUCACCUCAUGUUUGCAUAUGAUCUAUUAAUGUUUGCCAGAGCUGAUGAAUGCUCUAUCAAGUUGCUUCUUCAGGCCUCUUAUCUUUCUGCAAAUUUAGAGAAAAGUGAAGCUUAUUUUGGGGGGGAGGGGUUUCUAAUCAAGAACAGGAGAUUGAAGCAAGGUUUAGAGCUUUUCUCUGGAUUAGGUGAUCUAAUCCUUCAAAGAAGUCACUGGUGGCAUGAAACUCAGUCUCUUUUUCCUAAAUAUUUCAAGAACAAGAAUUGCUGGGAAGCUGAUAUACCUAAGAAGAGUUCUUGGGUUUUGAGAAGAAAACUAAAAUGCAGGCAAGUAAUUGAUAGUAUUGGUGGUUGGGACAAUGUGAGAAAAGAAGCAGGGCUGCAGAUUAAAAAAAUAUAUAGAAUCAUUAGACCUCAAGCUCCUAAAGUGCACUGGAAAAGGCUAAUUUGCAAUAGUCAAGCCUCACCAAAGAGUUUAUUUGUUUUGUGGUUAGUUCUCUGGAAUAGAUUGUUAACCAAAGAUAGGUUGGUAACUUGGGGUAUUCAAUGUGAUCCAGUUUGUGUGCUUUGUCUGACCAAUGCAAAAAGUGUGGAACAUUUGUUCUUUGACUGUAGUUAUUCUAAGAGAAUCUGGCAAAUGGUACUGAAUAUGCUGCAAUGCAGGAAGGUAGUGCAAUCUUUUCACUAUGAAGCUGAAUGGUAUAUUAAGCAUUGCAGAAAAUCGAGCUCAAAUAGAAGGGUGCAUCUGAUGUUCCUAGCUGAAAUAAUUCACAACAUUUGGAUUCAGAGAAACAACAUUAUGUUUAAUGGUUGUUGUAUUCCUGCUGAGACUAUUUAG